UUCACCUCCCCCGAGCUCCCCCCCUCUUCGCCUCCGCCUCCGUAUCGAUCUUGCGUCGCCAACCCUAAUCCUACUCCACAGAUCUGUUCGCCGCAGUUGAUCUCCCUGCCAAAUCGCGCCAUUCCUCGAGAAUCCCCAUCGCUGUUCGAGGUAUGCAGGAUUUCGCUCCUUGAUCCGCUGAUUCUGUCGGGGCUGUGAUGUUCUGCUCAUUUUUGCUUAUUUUCACUCGUGCUCGGAUCCGAGCUGGUUUAUUUUUUUUCUAGAUCUUACCUCUAGGCUUGGCGUGUGGGGAUCCUUUGUUCUUCGUCGCUUGGUGCGGUUGGUUUGGUUUCUGGGUCGAAGUCGAUACUGUAGGGUGGAGGCGUCUGAGUUCUUCUGGCGCAUCCUAGAUGAAGAAGCGGAGAGGGAUCGAAGUCUCUGCAGCGGAAAAGGUUGAUGGGUCGAAUAAGGAUAUGAAACGGAGGUUGAUUAUGAGCGAUUCGGAGUGUAACUUGGAUGAUUGCCUCGCUUCUUUGCGGAGGGCGGAUCGUGGAGUUAGUCGAAAUGGGGACAACUCCAUCUGCGGCGAAGACAAUGAGGUGGAGAUGAAAGAAGAGGAGGAGAAUGCGGAUGUAGAUAAGAAAGAAAAGGUUUUGAAGUCUUAUGAAGGAACUCAAACUGAUGAGGUCGCAGUUUCUUGUAAGAAAGAAGUGUUAGAGACAGAGCUCGAGAGGAAGUGCCGAAUAGAGUCAUCUCGUGCUGAAGUCCAAUCAGAAAAGUCAAAAUUGGAUUCUUCGGAACAAGGAGGAAAGAAGAAAUUUCUGUCUGGCGGGAACAUGUCUAAAACUGUUAUUUCAGAUGGUGUGGAUGAAAAAGAGGAGAUGAAUGUGCACAAAGAAGGAAGUUCCAAAUCCUCAGUCCCUGCAAAGAGGAAGAGGGGUCGAGUAAUGGAGAACCAAACACUGACAAAUUUACAAAAAACUGGGAAGACGGAAACUGAAAAGAACAAGCUGAUAGAAUCACCAGAUAAGCAGAAACUUGAGGCGAAGGAUAACAGUAGCUGUGUCACCGGAGACAGGGCAGAAGACAUUGGUGUUUCACGACCCAAGGAUGAUAUUCUGAGGAUGCAAGGGAAAUCUGGCGUCUUGCGAGUACUACCUAGUAAUAAGAAGGUUGAUGGGCUUGAGAACCAUUCUAAAAGGAAUUAUGAAGAGGUCUCAAAGGCCAUAAGCUCUCGUGGUGUAGCUACCCGUGCCGCACUGAAGCAACAAUCCCUGUCUCCCUUUGAAAGAGUUGAUGAAAAUUCAAGCUUAGGUGCCUCGCCGAGCAAAAAUGAAUUGAGAAAGUCAAAAAAGGACAGUCUCGAGAAAAGUGCAAACAGUAGACGUGAAACACUGCAGAAGAAUGUUUUUCAUAAAACAAGAAAAAAGAAAGCACAUAUUUCAAAGGGUAAGACUGGUCUGAGAACAAAGAGCAACUCCAGUGCAGAAAGUGUUGUUAAGGCAAAACAAGUAUCAGAGAGUGCAAACGUAUCUCGCAGAACUGAAAAACAAAAACUUAGAGAUCAGUUAAAAGAUAUACUUCUUAAUGCUGGUUGGACAAUAGAUCUGAGGCCAAGAAGAGGCAGGAACUAUGAGGAUUCUGUUUACAUACCUCCUGAAGGUCAUGGUGGUUAUUGGUCAAUCACAAAGGCUUAUGCAGUGUAUCAGGAACGUCUAAAGAGAACAAACAAAUCGGAGGGUAAGAUUUCUUCUGGAAGGAACUGCAGAACACCUUCUGUGAGCGACCCUAUCAUACCCUUGGAGUCACUUGAUUUACUGAAAAGAGUUGUUGUUAACAAGAGAAGAAGAAGGAUAGAAGAGUCUGAAGAAUCCCCAAAGUAUAAAGGGAAGAAAGUAAAGAAAAAAUCUGACAAGAGACAUCCUAGAGAUCAAGCUACUAAGGGUAAGUUGACUCCAGACUCAAAGUUUUCUGUCGGUUCCACAUCUUAUAAGAAUCAUCACAACGGAAGAAGCAGACAGAGAGGAUGCACCCUAUUGGCCCGUGGUAUUAACCAUAAGUCAGAAGCUGAUGACGCAGAUUAUGUCACUUACAGGCAUAAAAGGACAGUUCUUUCAUGGAUGAUAGAUGUGGGUGUAUUGCCCAUAAAUGGAAAAGUGAAGUAUAUGAACCAGCGAAUGACUAAAACAAAGUUGGAAGGCUGGAUAACUAGAGACGGCAUUAACUGUAGCUGCUGUGGUAAAAUCCUUUCUCUAUCAAACUUCGGUCUUCAUGCUGGUAACAAACUUAUACAUCCAUCACAAAAUAUAUUUUUGGAGGAUGGAGAAAUUUCCCUGUUGAAAUGCCAGCUUGAGGCAUGGAAAAAACAGGGUGAAUCUGAACGGCAAGGAUUCUACAAUAUUGAUGUCAAUGGUGAUGACCCUAAUGAUGAUACCUGUGGUAUCUGUGGUGAUGGUGGCCCCUUAAUCUGUUGUGAUGGUUGUCCUUCGACCUUUCAUCUGGCUUGCUUGGGCAUCGAGAAGCCUCCUCCUGGAGAUUGGCACUGUACCAACUGCUGCUGCAGGUUCUGUGGGCAGAUCUCGACUGAUCCUAGUAGUGCAAGCUAUGAAACAGUUUCCUUAUUGCUUUCCUGUCACCAGUGUGAGGCAAAAUACCAUGAAGAUUGCAUUCCUGAGACAGAGUAUAUAUCUGCCACUUCCAAGAGUACUGCCAUUUCUUUUUGUUCCUCAAGUUGUAGAAAGGUUUUCCGAGGACUAAAGAAGAUUCUUGGGAUGAAGAAUGAUAUUGAAUCAGGAUUCUCAUGGACUGUUGUCAGGCGUUUUGAUGAGGAUUCUUCUAAAUCUCCAUUACAGUUCCAUCAAACGGCCGAAUCCAACUCAAAGAUUGCUGUCGCCCUUGCAGUUAUGGAUGAGUGUUUUCUGCCUAUUGUUGACCGGAGAAGUGGCAUUAACCUUAUUCAUAAUGUUGUGUAUAAUUGUGGAUCAAAUUUCAGUCGGCUGAAUUACAGCGGUUUCUACACUUUUAUUUUGGAGCAUGGGGAUGAAAUUAUCUCUGUGGCAUCUAUCAGAAUUCACGGAACCAGACUGGCAGAAAUGCCUUUCAUUGGGACAAGAAACAUGUAUAGACGUCAAGGGAUGUGCCGUCGGCUACUUAGUGGAAUUGAAUCAGUUCUCUCUUCCCUUAAUAUUGAAAAGCUGGUCAUACCUGCAAUUUCUGAAUUAAAGGAAACAUGGACUAAUGUAUUUAGCUUUAAGCAGCUUGAGGUUUCUCAAGAAUUAGAAGUUAGGUCCAUAAACAUAUUGGUUUUUCCUGGUACUGGUUUACUACAGAAGCCACUGCUGGAAAAUCAUUCUUCUAAACAUGAUACACCUGUUGAUGAAGUUGGAGUCAUUGAAUACGACAUCAAAGAUCAUCAAGAUAUAAAGUCAGCUCAUGAUUCUUCUGAGCUAAUUGCUGCUGAAGCCGAGCCCCAUAACUCUGCCCAGGCUGUUGGCCAUUGCGGAAAUGCUACCGAAGAUUCAUCUUUUAUUUCAGAUGAUUCUGCUGAUCCUAUUAACAAUGGCAAAUCUUCCCAGUCUUUGUCAGUAGAGACUGCUGGUGAUGCUUGCACAAACAUUUUAUCUAGAGGAGGUAAAACAAGUUUCCAUAGUGAAGAAAAAUCUGAAGUCGAUUUUACAACUGUUCAGACAACUGAGUUAAUUGGCAAUACUUCUGAUAUUAUUGAGAAUAAAAUUGUAGCUGUUGAUGCAGUAAAAGAUCAGCAAGAAUGUGACAUAGUUUCCAACUCCUAGUUGUUUUGGCCUUUUUGGUCUGCUCCAAUUUGAGGCCAGUGUACAUUUUGCUUUAAACAUGAAAGGAUCCUUACAGUCGUCCAAAAUAAUUCACCUCCACAGGAUGAGUACAGGAGUACAUUGAACAUCUUGUAUGACCCUUAUGGAAGUAAACCUAGCUGCUAAUUAAGAAUCAAUCCAGAGCGUAGAUUGAAUGAAAGCUGAAGUUGAUGCCAUUGACCAUAGCUCUCCUGUAAAUGAUAGAUUUUUUAUCUUCUGUUUUUGCAAUCGUCAGUAUAUCUAUGUUUUUCUGGUGCUGCAGAAGAAAAUAUGCUUCUUACCUGUUGUUGUUGUUAAGUGUUACAAGAUACAAGAUCAGACAGAGAACUUAGACACGGCUUGUUUUCUGAAUCUAGAAUCAGGCACCUGUAUCCAAUUUGGCUGCUGCUGAUGCUUUGGCUGAAUUCCAUCAUGCUAGCAAUGAUUUUGCAAACAAUCGUCGUAGCCAAGAAAAUUAGGUGUCUUGCCGACUCUUCUUGAUGUCUCACAUUACUCCUGAUGUUUCUGUGGGCAUAAAGAACCCUGAUAUUCACUUUGUGGGAAGUCCAAAGGAAGUGUCCAUGAAUUUGUGUUUCCUGUAAUGAUAACACUAUGACGAUGCUUAUAGAAGAAAAAAAAAGGCCGUGGUUGUGUUAAUACAGCAGUUGCCAGUUAUGUUCUAGUGAAUGCUAUUGUUAAUUUCAUUUCUCAUUGAAGACCUUCACAUGAUGAAGAUGGCGGUUUAGUGAACUUGUUAACACUGCCUGGAGAUCAGUAGAAGAUCCUCCGAUUUGAUCUAACAUUUUAUUGAGUAACAAUUUUCUGCUUAUAUUUCGGAUGGGUGUGAAAGUGCUGAGUUUCCAACAGUAGGUGCAAAUGGAGAACUGAACUAGAUUAGUUUCUGUGUUCAAAAUUGACGACUCUAAUUUUCAAUAUAUGGAUUAUUAAUUAUCCGGCACUGGCAGAUCCUGGAUGUCACUGACUGCAAGAGGCUUCCUUCUUUGCGAUAGGUAUAAUUAGUUAGAUCGCGAAGGUUUCUCUUUUCUUUUUCUUUUUCUUGAAUUUUGUUUUCACUUAGAGCUAUACUUGUAUUCAUUCUGCAGAAACUUUCAGAGUUUUUGUAUUAUAAGUAGAUGCACCUUUAUAAACCAAAGUAUACCUUUUUAGAGUU